GCAGCGUUGCCACCGCCGCCAAAAGCCGUCAAACUAAGCCGUCAGCGCGCCCAAGUAGCAGCCAGCAGUCAUAGGCCUGCCGUGCUACCGCGCUGCGCUGAGAAAAGACAUCGGUUCCUGUCGUGCCAGCUUUUGCAGCAAACCCCCCUACCCCCCUCGCUGACACACACCACUGACGGACGCGUCUGGACCACUUCGCUGACGCCACUGACACCACCGACGAACAACCAGAUGAGCGGCAAGCGCCAGUUCCCGAAGCUCGGCGAGUACUACGCAAAAAUGCUUGCGCACUGCCCGCAAGCGAUCACCGCCUACGGCGCGUGCAUAAAAGCCGCCAUCGACGCCGGCGCGCUUGAGCAAGGCUGCUGCGAGCGCGAGUUCAGCGCGCUGAAGAAGUGCUUCCGCGAGGUGCGCGUCAAGCGGUAAGCAUGUCGCUCGCCCGCGCCGCGUCGGCGUUCAUCGAGCGCCGGCCGAACGCGACGACAGUCGCCGCGGCGAUGGCGCGCGGCGCCGCGGGCGACGCCUGCGCGCAGCACGCCGAGGACGCGCCGUGGGACGCGCGCCGCUGCGCGACGUUCAUGGCCUGGAGCACGGGCGUCGCGUUCGCGCUCGACCGUUAUGUAUAUUCGCACCUCUUCGCCCGGUGGUGGCCGCCCGUGUGGAAAUCAAAUUUACGGCACGUUCGCCGCGUCGACCUCCACGCCAUCGACGCGACGCCUGCUCGAUAGCGUGGCGGUGUCGGUUCCUCACCGCUCGACGGAGCCAGCGCGGGGCAUCCGACACUCGUUGAUUUCCACGCAGGUGGCCGCGGAACUGCUUCCGCAACGUGCUGAAGGCGACGGCCGCCGACAAUAUUAUAAUCACGCCGUGCCUCUAUUUCCCGUGCUUCUACGCCUGGGAGGCGGUGUGCGAAGGCAACGAGAUGAGGAGCGCCGCGGAGAGGUACCGGGCGGAGGCCGUCGUCCAGCUGCCGAUGACCUGGGCGUUCUGGAUCCCGGCCAACGUCGUGACCUUCUCCAUCGCGCCGCAUUUGCGAACGGUGUGGUCCGGCGCCGCGGGGACCCUGUACGUCGGCCUCCUCUCGUACGUGGCGCACGCCUACCGUUAACAAUGUUGUG